AUGAACCACGACAUCGACGCCCUACGGGCAAGAUUCGAGGGCUGCACGACGGUGCCCGAAGUCGAGAAGCGCAUCCGGACCGAACUUAGCGAUGCUGAACGCCUCGUUGUUGCUUCCGUCGCCUACGACCACUUCUUCGCGAGCAAUUGGUGCGGGAUUGAAGAAGCCGCCCUGCUUGAGAAAGACGUCGAAGAAGGCCUUCGCCCCCAAGUUGUCGAAGCCUUGUCUUGUGAGGGGAUGUUGCCUUACAAGGGGACAAGGUCCCUUUUGCUUCUCCUUGCCGCGAUCAAGGCCAUCGAAGGGCAAAAUGGAGGCCAGGUCUUGCAGCUCAAGAUUCUGAUGGCCUGGCAGCACCUGCUCGACGAGUCUUCAUCAACGAUCCAUCGGCGUAUCAAAGAAUUGAUCAAAGAAGUGCAAGAACCAUGCGAAGAAAGCCUCGUGCUCAGCGUGGAGCGCGAGCUGGUCAUUGCCCAGGCGUGCCUGUUGUUCUACGGUUACGAUGAAGCGCAUCGGCACAUUGACGAGGCGUUCAAACUGGCAAAGCUUGACGCGACGCUGACCGGCGAGCUCGGCAAGCGCACAAAAUGGCAGCAACACCUGGUGGCCCAGUUGGUGUUGUCGGUGCAAGCUAGCGGCGAGGUCGACGAGGCCGAGGAACAAAUGCCGGAAAAUGUGCAGUUGAAUGACGACACGCUUAUGGACACCAUCACGCUGGAAGGCCCGGCCAAGGAGCCGGUCUUGCUCACUUCGAUGCAAGUGGCCUGCCUCGUCGCCCUUACCACGUACAAGCGGAAAACACAGCCGAAAAGCGACAUUGUUACCGAAGAAUGCAUGGCGACAAUCUCUAUGAUCCUCUCCCAAAAGCGCUGCUGGGCGGGGCAUUGCCAGUCGCUGAUCAUGCGCAGCGACCUGGAGAAGGGCAAGGGUCGAAAAGUGGAACGGGCCUGCCAACAGCUUGAAUCGUUAUUGCUGGGUCUGGAUGGGACGGCGAGUUAUGCUGAACACGGAGUGCCAAGGUGCAAAUUUGCGGUCGCCUGUGGCCUUCCCCCAUGGUGGAAAGUGCGAAUCCAGUAUGCGCGUGUGCUCUGCUCGAUCGGACUGUACUCGGAGGCCCUCCGCUGCUACGAAAAACUAAAGAACUGGGACGGCGUCAUUGACUGCUACAAGUCGAUGGGCCAAAUUGAGAAAGCCGACCGGUUAAUAAGAGACCUUAUCGAUCAGAAGGACGACAGCGUUCCCCUCCAUCUCCUCUACACGAUGCUCGGCGAGAUCAACCAGGAGCUGUCUUGUGUCGACCUCGAGCCUGAACACUUCGAAGCCUGGAACAACCUAUCCGCCGCCUACCUUCGUCUCAACCAGAAAAAGCGGGCUUUCGACGUGCUUCAGGAAGCUAUCAAGCUUCUUGACCUGAAGCGAGCCCCCACCGAUGACGACUAUUUGAUCAAGCUGACGAAUGAAGCGUUGGACCUAAUCGAAAAGGAACCCAACGACCCGUGCCUGGACGAGCUCUGCAAGCUUUUCGCACGUAUCAUCGCUUCCAAGUCACUCGGCGCACAGGGUUACCUCCUCUACGCCUCCCUCAAAAAACCGACGCCGGGCAGCGUCGAUCAGGAUGGGCGCUAUGUGCGCCUGGUCGAGCAGGCCCUCCAGGCCGAUACGAUGAAAAAUGACUAUUUGACGAAGGUCGAGGUGGCGCUGCGCGUGCUCAAGACGGCCAAUCUGCUCAUCGACACGCGGUUGGAGCAAGCCGGGAUCAGCCAAAAGGAGGAAGACAUCAAGCGGGCCAAGUCGCGCAACAAUUUGACGCUGCUGCCCCACCUCAAGAAGAUCCAAAUGGCCUACCAGGACCAAUUCGGCGCUCAAAACGAGCUGAAGAUGGCGCUCGACGAUGUUAUGGCCAAAAUUCAAGCC